ACUCUCGCCUGCCCUUGUGUAAAGCAGUAAAAGGGUAAACCUAAAACCAGAGCAAGAAAAGGAGUAUCUAGACGAUCAGAGUCCAAGUCCUUUUACCCUUCUUCCGUUGGAAGUUAAUCUACCUAUGCUCGGUUGUGUCGUCGAGCUUCUUCUCUUUAAGCUCCAAAGGGAGGGUUUCCUCGCUAAAUGCUCUAUUUCUUCAGACCCAUCAAAGUCUUCUUCCAUUUCAUGUCUUCAAUCGACGCCUCUCUUUCCUCUGCUCCUUGUUGUUCAGAGAGGAAGUGGUCUCAAACCCUAACUUUUAUCCAUAUCCUCUUUAUAACUUUUCUUGUCUUUUUUGCUCCUUUCUCUUCGAGGUUUGGUUUUUAUACGCGCAGUGGGUUCUACAGCUCUGGUGUUUACACAACAUGAAUAGCAGCAAGGUACUAGUAUUUGGAUCAUUCACUGAAGAUGAAACCAGGUCAUGGCUGCAAAAGCCAUCAUCUGAGAAUGAUGAAAAGCCCGUGGAAAAGAAAGAACUGCAAUUUGGUUCUUUGAGUUUUGCAACUGGAAUAACUUUCGGUGAUUUUAAUAGUGAAUCAAGCAGGCAACUAGGUUCUGCAAAUGGAAAAGCCAGUUUUCAGACUACAAAUCCACUUAAGAAGGAAAAGGAUGUGAAGAUUGCACAAAAAGUGCAUGAUUUGCUUGUGGUGCAGGGAAGUCCAAAACAAAAUGGAAGCAUUGACAAUUUCACCCAUGGCAAUACCCUCAAUAAUGGUGUGAAAGACUUCAAAAUGGAGAGUGUAGAUUUGACUUCUUUGCACUUAUCCAAGAGGGAAGACAGUUCCAGAAAUCAAUCACAAAGCUCAAGCUUUGAUGUCCUUGAUUGUGAGGGUCUAAAUGAUGGGAAUUCUGGGGAUACUGACAAUGAUCCACUGGUACAUGUGAAGAGGGAGGACUUUCAGAAGCCAACUGAUGGGCCUGGUGCAGCAGUUAAAAGUUUACUACCUCGUGGUUUAAUUAACCAGGGGAAUUUAUGCUUUCUUAAUGCUUCUCUGCAGGCUCUCUUGUCCUGUUCCCCAUUCGUUCAGCUUCUGCAGGAUCUUAGAAUUCGCAACAUCCCAAAGGUUGGCUUUCCGACAUUAACCGCAUUUGCAGAGUUUGUUUCUAACUUUGACAUGCCAAGCAGUUCCAGCAUGAAAAAGGACAUUGCUAUUGUUGAGAGUGGUAGGCCUUUUAGCCCAGCCAUGUUUGAAGGCGUUCUUAAAAAUUUUACUCCAGAUAUGCCAAAUAGCAUAUCAGGACGACCAAGGCAAGAGGAUGCUCAGGAGUUUUUGAGUUUCAUCAUGGAUCAAAUGCAUGAUGAAUUACUUGAAUUUGAAGGACAUUCUGCUAGUAUUAAUGGUGCCAAAUCUACUCUAGUAUCCUCAACAGAGGAUGACGAAUGGGAGACAGUUGGCCCAAAAAACAAAUCUGCAGUAACUAGAACGCAAAGCUUCAUUCCUUCAGAGCUAAGUGAUAUUUUUGGAGGACAGUUGAGAAGUGUUGUGAAAGCAAGAGGAAAUAAAGCUUCUGCAACUGUUCAACCAUUUCUAUUGCUUCACCUAGAUAUUUAUCCUGAAGCUGUUCAUACUAUUGAGGAUGCACUUCAUUUGUUCUCUGCACCAGAAAAUCUUGAAGGGUAUCGGACAUCGGCAAUUGGGAAGGCUGGUGCAGUGACUGCAAGAAAAUCUGUGAAGAUACAGACACUUUCUAAGAUAUUGAUUUUGCACUUGAUGCGUUUUAGUUAUGGAAGCCAAGGUAGCGCCAAGUUGCACAAGCCUGUGCACUUCCCUCUUGAAUUCGUACUGGGCCGGGAACUGCUUGUUUCUCCAUUGAAUGAGAGCCGAAAAUAUGAACUUGUUGCUACGGUCACUCAUCAUGGGAGGGAGCCUUCAAAGGGUCAUUAUACUGCCGAUGCCCGCUAUCCCAAUGGCCAAUGGCUACAUUUUGAUGAUGCAUUUGUCACUGCAAUUGGGACAAGCAAGGUGUUGCAUGACCAGGCCUAUGUCCUCUUCUACAAACAAGUAUAGGGGGGUGAUGGAAGGAAUUUUGCUUGCACCAUGUAAAAUGUACAAACCUGUUGCAGGAUUAGUGGAUAAAAUUAUCUGGCCAGCUGGGCAGAGCAAGGAACUUGUCUGUCAGGAUUUGAAGGUGCAUUAACUGUCUUGUAUCAAGUCCCAGCGCCAUGUAGAUUGUAGAAAGUAUGCAUGAAGGUUGGAAGUGCAUAAAGUUUUAUAUCAACUGAGUUUUUUUUUUCAGCUUUACAUCUAGGAAUUCAACUGAUCUGUAAUUUUCUAUGAUAAUCGCGAAAAUAUAUGGGAAUUUAUUGCUGUUUGACAUUA